AUGUCCUCCUACUGGGAAACCAUGAACUGCACUCAUCUGGAUAAGUCCAACAAACUGCUACACCCUUCACCGCCAAUGUGGAUCAACCGUGAUUCUAUGAACUGGGUUGACGGAAGUUUGUCCUCACACUCUCCAAUGUCUUCUGAUUCCGUAUCUCCGCUACGUUCGCCAGCUGAAGACACCAAUAUGAUGGAGUGUUCCUCCAACGAACUACCCGCACCCGCACCUAUUCGCAAAAUUCGAAACGUUCGGAAGAGUGACAAACAUCAUUGCUCCGUUUGUGGAGAUCGGCCAACCGGAUAUCAUUAUGACGUUCUCAGCUGUAAUGGAUGCAAGACUUUCUUCAGAAGAACAAUCAUUAACCAUAGAAACUUUGUAUGCUCAAAAGGAGGAAGCUGUCAAUUCACAAAAGAUUUUCGAUGUGCCUGUCGUGCCUGUCGUUUUCAAAAAUGUGUUCGAGUCGGUAUGAACCCAUCUGCAAUUCAGUUCCCAAAUUCAAAACAUGCUAAUCAUGAAACCGAUGAUAUGGAUAGUGGAGACGAAGAUUCUAAUCCAGCUUUACAAGAUGACAAGUCUCUUGCACUGAUCCCUUUUGUGGAAAGUCCAAUCAGAGAAACAACAAUUCACACUUAUCGAUGGGUAGAUGACAUAUUCCGACGAGAGGAUGCAGUUUUACGACAUCGUGUACCUGGAACAUUGCCUGUGGAGGAUGAUUUUUGUUUAGGGCAAUUGCUGAGGAGAAAUAUUCUUCUUGGAGGAGAUCACGUGAUUGAUAGAAAGCCCGGAACCUUAUAUACCAGUGAUCCUGUUAGAUAUUGGAUGGUUGUUGAUCUGCUGCUCAUUGUGGAAUUUGCAAAGACAUUUGAAGCAUUCCGAAAACUUGGAGAGCUUGAUCAAAAAUGUCUGAUAUCCCACAUCGGUGGUGUUCUUCAUGUGGCAACACAAUCAUUCUACUCAUAUUUUGAAGCAAAAUCUUGUACACUAACUUUCCCAGAUGGCAUCAACGCAUUUGAACGGAAAAUGGCAGAUAUGAAGAAAGAUGAGAAACGCAAAGUGUUCAUGAACUAUUAUGCGGAGAUGUACAAUGCACCUGUUAACGAGUUUUUGAAAAACAAAAUUACUAUGACGGAAUACGCCUUCUUCAAAUCUAUCUCGCUAUUUUCGCCAGAUAACCUCGAAAUGUCCGAGACAGGAAGGUCCAUUGCAAAUGAGGAAAGACAACGUCUGACUACUCUUCUCAGAAAAUAUCUCGUGGCGGAAUAUGGAUUUAAAAUCGGGAUGAGCAGGUUUUCAUUUAUUUUAAUGGCCAUCUCAACGUUUGUUAACUACGGAGAAAAACGUCGUGAUUAUAUUUCUCUGAUGAAUCUUCUGCAAUUCGACAUUGCAAACAUAGGAAAAGAUAUCUAUCUCCGGAAACCAAUCGACAUGAUGUAG